UGUCAAAGCUGGCGCUGCUCCACUCCGCAGUGCCAUUCAGUCGUUGCAGUACCGGCUUACUAUUUGGAGGCCCGGAGCAGGAACUGGGCCCGGCUCAAGAUGUCAAGCCCAAAGGAGCAGCAAAACCAUGGACUGAUGGUGGGGGGAGCCAUGUCCCGCACCCACUUGUAUCGCAAGGUUAUGAAGCCACUGCUGGAGAGGAAGCGAAGGGCACGCAUCAACCGCUGCCUGGAGGAUCUGAGGAAUCUGCUCAAGGAGAUGACCCAUAUGGAUGACGAGGCCUUGGCCAAAAUGGAUAAGGCCGACAUUUUGGAGCUGACCGUUCACCAACUCCACAGGCAACGCUGUCCAGAGGCCACGCCCCCCGAAGCCACCUCCGCCCCCCAAAAUCAGCAACUUGCGAUGGAGCGGUACUGGUGUGGAUUUCGGCACUGCGUUUUUGAAGUUUCCCAACUUCUGCAGCGCACUGAUUGUCAGCUCAACGCUGGCUUUCUUGAGAAGUUGGAGCAGCUGGUGCCCUCCAAGCCACCUCUCUGGAGACCUUGGUAGCCAUCCUGGGCAAUCCCCGCCAAAGAUCCUUACCUCGCCAAGUUAAAAUUGGAAUUGCCAAUCGAUUACUCUGGGUU